AUGAUUCCGGAAGGCCCCUUUCCAGACUCCGCAUCUGUCCGAAGAAAGGAAGGCUGGCCUCCCAGUUUCUCGGAUCCGCGCUUGUCUCGUGCGCCAGAGCACAUCAAACGGGCAGAAGGGGAGAAAACGGAGCCUGAAGAACUACAUGGAGAGAAUCCUGAGGCUCCCCGCGGGCGCAGGAACGACGACGAACUCAGGGAAAGACCACCUGGCACGCGUUCGUGCAGAGGAGAGCGGACUCAAGGAGAGAGACGAGAGAAGCCGAGAAUCGCCGAGGACGCGGAGAAGGCAACGGGCCGAGGACAGCACCCACAAGGGAACGACGAAGACAGGCAGGUCGGAAAAAAACGAGAGCGUGAGGAAACCGAGAAGCCCAGCGAGGUCGGAAACGGGAGCGCAUUCUGUCUGACAGCCUCGGGCAUUUCUCAAGGAGUGUUUGAAACCCAAAGCGCGUUUGUUCCACCCGGGCCUCUCGACUCCGUUGCGGAGACUCUAGCCACCGCACAACAUGUCCCGUCGCUCAGGCUUUCUCGAUUGUCUCGUUUGGCUCCAUCUUCUUCUCACGAGUCGUCGCCCUCGUCCUUGGUCUCUCAUGGCGGCGCUAGGCCCUCGCUGUUUACAGGUCGCUUGCCGCCUCCUGCGCCAUCUGAGCCGGACGCCUCUCUCCAAUCCUCCGUUUCCUUGCGACUCGGGGUUCUCUCCUCCUCUGGGCUGCCCAUUUCUUCGUCCUCCGGCCUUGUCCCCUCUUCUCUCAGGGGUCGCAGACCUCCGCCUUUCUGUCCCCCCGUGGCUUCACCGCCGACUGCGCCUUCAGCCGUGCGCCCAGGCGCCGCCGGCAUCUCGCCCUCUUCUGUCCCCCUCGCUUGUCUUCCCUGUGCUUCGCCUGCGUCGCCUCUUUCGCGCUCGUCCUUUUCUCCUUCGACUGCCGCUGGAUGUUUCUCUGCCGCGUGUCGUCGUGGGGAAAAAGGCGAUCGGCAACUCGCCGUCCUCGGACUUCCUCUGCACCCUCGGCACUGUCUAGACAGCGUCCCAGCAGCGGCGGCCGACAGCGCUGGCCACACAGCGACAGGCGCCAAACGAGACGGGGCGCGCGUACGCACGGGGAACGAGCAGCGAGACGGCGAAGAGGAAGAAAGAAAGGACAGGGCGCGAGAGCCGAAAAGGGGGCGCGAGCGAGGGAGUCAAGCUGAGGAAGGGUGGAACGCAGGCGGGCUGCAUGGCGUCCACAGUGUGGAAAAAGACGGGCACGAAGAGACACGGGACUCGAACGAGGCUUUGCGCGCCGAAGCAGCGCCAGAGCAGGCGAACCUGCAAGACAGACGACCACAGCAAGCAUCGGACGAAGAAAAAAGGCGAAGCGAAACCAACGAAGACACUUCCUCGAUACCUGAAGACGCAGAACAAGAGGGCGCAGGACCGCAAAGGCGGGUCACACGCACUCGCAAGAGAGGCGCCGGAGAGGCGGUUGCAUCUCUGUUGCGCCCAAGCCGUCUUCGCUUUGGGGUUUCGUUUCCUUGGAAGAAACAGAACGCAAGGGAAGGAAAGCUGCAUCGGAAGAGCGGUGUAGGCGAACGGAGAGGUGACCCGACCCACCGGGAGAAGCGGAACGGGAAAGCGGGCAGAGGCUGUUUCAGCCACAGGCUGACUGCGAGGCAUGCAGACGGAAGCAGGCAGGAGAGGAAAGGCGAGAAAAGAGCAAGCGAUGACGAGCACGAACUCCUGGAAACGCGACAAUCCAGCAAGGGCUCCGAAGACUCCAUUCACCUCGCUGACUGUCUCCGAGCCUGUUCUACCGCCGAUGUCAUGGCAACCGCCGAGGCAAGGCCUCUCGCCUUAACGCGUGAGCCUUCCGAUAACGGAGAGGGAGAAGAAGAGAAAGGCGACGAGGACGAAGGUGAGGAAGACGACGAGGAAGACGACGAGGAAGACGACGAGGAAGACGACGAGAAAGCGGGGGAUGAGGGGUAUGUACGCAUGCAAGGGGAGAAAGAUGGGAGCUACAGCACGCCCUGGAAGGUGCGAAUUCUCGCUCUUAUUCUCGGGAUCCAAAUGACGCUCAACAUCGACAACGGUGUCGUGCCUGCAGUCCUGGCAGACCUGGGGCGCGAGUUUCACGCGAGUGCAUCUGAGCAAGGCCUCGUUGGUGCCCUGCCUCACAUCGGGAUGCUCGUUUUCUGUCCGUUCUGUGCCCGGUGUUUGGAGGCCGUUCGGCCCCAGCGUCUGCUCCUUGUUUCGCUUCUCCUCAACGCCGUGGCAAUUAUCUUCUUUGCAGCCAGCCGCUCCUGCAUCCCACUCUUCCUCUCACGCUUUCUUAUCGGUUUCUCGCAAACGGCCUUCGUUGUCUACGCCCCGGUGUGGGUAGAUAAGUUCGCGCCCCACAAUCUGCUCACCCUGUGGAUGGGCCUCACCCAGUCCGCCGUAGUGGUGGGUGUCGUGGUUGGCUACCUUCUCGCAGGCUUCCUCCGACAGUCGCGCCUCGACUGGCGGGGUGUGCUCUUCUUGCAAGUCGCUCUGCUUGUCGCGCAGCUGCUUCUACUCGCGCUCUGCAACGCCGCCCACGUCGACGUCUGGGCUCAGCCGGAAACUGGCGACAACACCUCGCACGCCCGUGAGGUUUUUGAACACCCAACCCCCGAAGACCAGGAAGCACAGCAAGGGGAAGCGACAGACAAGGGAGCGGAGACGAAAAAAGCGGAGCGAAUCCUGGGGCAGGCUGACGAGACAAUAACCAACGUGGUAGGUGGAGCUGGGAUGCAGGCUGGCGAAGCGGACAGCACAUUGGACGGUUUCGAGAGCGGCAAAGGCAGGUGUGGAGGAGGCGCGAAGGCCGGCCGAGUCGAUAAUGAAGACACAGGGGCGCAUGCAGUUUUUGUGGGGAAGCGCGUCGCAGGACGCCGGGCACGGACACCUCAAGAGGAAACCGGCCUCGCGCGAGCGACGGAAACGACAGAGGAGGGACGCUUGGAAAGAAGGGAAGUGCGGCUUUUCGAGAACCAAAUGAUCGCUGCACUGCCUCCUUCGCCUUUCUCGUCGUCGCGGCUACCUUCUAUUUUUCGACGUGUCCCUCCGCCCGCUACCGUGGCUCUGCGGGGAGAUGCUGGUGCCCGUCUGCUUUCACCCAGAUCGUUUUCGUUCGGCUUUGCCUCUUCAGCCGUCGCUGAGGCCGCUCCGCUGUGUUCGGCUGCAUCUCCUGAACCUGCCGCACUCAGACCCGGCGUCGGCGCGGCUCCUCUGUCUCCUCGGUGUUCCCUCGCCGUGUCUUCUUCCGCCGCGGCCUGCUCUUCUCGCGUCGUGUCUCUCACAAAGCUGACAGACGUUCCGUUGUUUUCUGUUGCAUCUCCUGUGUCCCCUGUGUGUCCACCUUUUGCCGCCUCUUCCUCCUGUUCCUGGAAGGCUUCUUCGUCGCUCUGCCCUACCGACUUUUUCCCGAACGUUCCCCCUUCACUGUCGAUUGGCCGCCCAGCCUCAAGUUUCGCCCUUCCCUUCUCAGCAUCCCCGUCGGCUGCCUCGCUCUUCUCGCCGUUUCUCUCCUGUUUCUCUCCUGUUUCUCAAGCGUGGGAGGGACUCCCUCAAACAAUGCGAGAGGGCCCGGUUGCCCUCCAAGGCACCUGCGCUUCGUCUGGAGCCUGCUGGGCACGGUGUUCUGAACAAACGGUUUUCCGCACUAGCGGCGCCUUCCCUGUCUCAGAACGGCAGCCAAAGGUCGAAUCUGACGAAGGGGAAGGCGCCUGGGGAAGCGUCGCACGUCCCGCGCCUUCUCAGCUCUCACGUGCGUCUUCCGCAGACUGUGUUGUCUCUUCCUUUUCUCGGGCGUCUUUUGCCGUCGCCUCCCGCACGCUCUCUCCACGUCCAGCCCUAGGUUUCGGCCCGCGAAACCUCGCUUCGUCCUCGGCGCUCGCGACGGAACCUGUCCUUCUCGCGUACCACUCCCAAGACAUCGUCGAUUUCCGUGACGAAGAAAAGACCAUUUCUCUGGAAAGCUCGGACUUACUGGCGAAGUUUGCGCCAGCAGCUACUCCACCUGCAAGAGAGGAGGCAAGCACGCCUGACGCCGAGACGAAAGAGAGGCGCGCCUCACAGACUGGCGUGAGGGAGAAAGGAGAGGCCGGACGAAGACGCUUGAGGUUGGUGCAGCGGAGACAGGUCGAGCGAGCAGCCACUGGCGACGUCGACGCGAAGAGACGGACUUCGAAACCAGCCGGAGACGUCUUUGCCUCGCAGCCCCGAGAGAACCGAGAUCCUCCAGCUCGCAAGCCUCAGUCCGCCGCGCUCGCCUUGGGGGCUUGGCAGGGGCAGCGUGAGGGGCGAAAUGAGGCGCGUUUCUCCUCUUGUCGAGAGACCGGUGAAGCGCGACAGGAGCCGUUGAAAAAGUGGAGUCAACGCGAAGCGAUUCUCGCCGCCAUCGCGCACGCGCACUACGGCCAAGGCCGCUUCCGAGACGAAGGUAAGCCUCGCAAAGGCGCGGCGGCGAGAGAACGCGGAGGAGACGCGAGCGGCAGCGAGGGAAGAGAUGAGACGCGCGGGCGAGCGAGGGCGGUCGGGGCAGGAAACGUCGAGCGGGAAAAGGCAAGGAAAGGAGGGCGCCGCGGAGGAGAGACACACGAGAGGAGAAAGACGGCAGGAGAGAGGACAGUUCGGAGAGCGGAAACGCUCGCGGGCCGGAUAGGCGGCGGCGUUACGCAGCCCAACCAAAGGGAAACAGAGGAGGACCGACGAGGGCAGAACGAGGAAGCCUCACCUCGAGACAUGCAUGCUGUGGACGCCCGAGACAACCCGGGAGGCUCCGUGGAGUCUUCGGGUGACCCACGAAGUCCCCCUUCUCGGCCAGUCUUUUCGGUAAAUGGAGAACACGAACCUGCGUCGCGCACCGUGUUUCCUUGCCGCAGCCGGCAGCACGAGCAUGCACGCCUCAUUCUUCCUCCGGCUUCGUCGACCUCCGCUGCGUCUUCGGCGCCGUGCUCAGACUCUCACGCCUCAUGGGCGCCUCGGGCCGAGCCGAAGAGACGGACCCACGUCGCGCGGCCUUCCUCGGCUCUGCGGCGGGCUCACAUUGUCUUCAUUAGACCGCGGGGACGGACGGGAGCGUCUGACGAUGAGCGAGAGAGUGUGUGGAGGCUCGGGUCGGAGGCGAGCAGUUGCUCGGUGAUUUAUUCUUUUCACUCUGGAUGUGAGAGAAGAAAGCGCGAGGGUACGCAGUGUCUCGUGGCUGUCAACACGCAACCGGCUUCGCACACAGAACUCGUUUUCGACGCGUUUCUCCGGGGCACCAAACUGUUGCUGUUCACCCCACCAAUCGGAUUGAUUCUGUCGUCCUCGCCGCCCUCGGUUCCGCCACAGUCAGCGAGGCAUGGCGCCAGCAGCCUCGGCUCCAGGAAGCGAACGCGGGGCACCACGCAACGAGAAGGACAGCGCGGAGACGCUGGGGGCCGAGGCGAGAUAGACAAGAAAGACCGCCUGAGAAGGACGGACCAGACAUCAACAGAGAGGACGGAGGCCGCGAGGGAAGGGGAACCUCUGCCGGCAGAUGAAGAGGCUCGCGGGAGUGCGGAACGAGACACCAGCGACGAAUGCGGGGAGCGACCGGAAGCGAGGCUUAGAGGGAGCGCGAAAACAGUGCUAUCAGGAGGGAAACGGAGGAGACAGGAGCGAAGCGAAAUACGUCAAAGUGGAAAAGGUCGACUUUCACCUGGACGGCUGGUUCGUGGCAGCGAGGACGAGGAAGCGCUUAGCGACCUCGAAUCCUCGAGGACGCUGACGACGCUGAAGAGCGAAGAAAAGGCAGGCGAGGCAGGGGCGGACCCGAGCAAUCAAGAAAUGCAGGAAAGGCGAAAAGCCAUACAAAUGGACACCGGCGAGGAGACAAUCUACUUGGGCGGCAGGAGGCGAGUUGAAGCCGGAGUUGCAGGCGAGGCCCAAACCAAGGCAGCUCAAAGUUCGAAGUCGCUUUGGGGGUUUUCGUCCUGGUUUUCGUUGCGGCGGCUGGCCGAAAGGCACUCGGACGCUGCAGGUGCUCUCUCGUGUCGCGGAGCAGAAAGCAAGGAGUGCAUGUGCCGUGGAAGCGUCCAGCCCGCGAGCCUGGCAGCAAACCACAGACGAGGCGGAACAAAGCGGCGAGAAGGGAACGAGGAAGAAGGAAGCGACGGGGAAGCGCGCGCCUUCAUUCCUGCUCCUCGGAAAGGGACCGUUCCUUCUUCGCACGCGCUGUCUGUUGCGGCUUUUGCGGAGAGAGAGAGGAGUGCAAAUGCGCUGCAGCCUCACGCCGGAGCAGCACGCGCUUUCGAGGCUCCUCCGCCGCUCAUGCCUCCACCGUGUAUGGUUGCCGCCACACGAGGCGAAGACAUCGACGUUCUUGCGCAGCCUCUCCUCAUCCAGUCCCGACCUUGCCUCGUCGAUCGUUCGGUUCAGACGUCGUCCGCCGCUGCUCGAACCCCUAAGCCUCUUCCUUGCUCUCCACCGCCCCCUCCGACUGCUUCCGCUAACGCGCUUGCAAGUCUCUGCCAUGUGCGUUCGUCAUCUCCUUCCUUGUGCUCCUUCUCUUCCUCUAGCUCUUCCUCGGCUUCUAGCGCUUCCUCGUCAUCGGGCGCCUUUUCCUCGUCCGGUUUGUCUUCUGGCGCUCGUGUGAAUGAUAGCUGCGAGGCACCACGUGGCGCUACGAGGGCAGAAGACGGCGCAAGGUCCCGAAACGCGGGCGACGACGCAGAAGGGCGAGACGUGCGGGUAGCUCGCGAGGAGGACGAGAACCACGCCGCGGAUCAGGCAAGAGAAAAGCCGAGGCAAAGCAUCCAGGUUUUUUAUCCGGCCCCGACGCCGCUUGUCGUUGCCGUGGGAGAGGAGGCGAUUGCGCUGACAAACUUCAAAGCUCCGGAGUGUCCAGAGGACGCCGCAGAGGCAGAGAGUGGAGAGGCGCAGACGUCGGAACGCGGAACGAAGAUUGAACAGGAAGGUGCGCAGAAGAAGGCACCGCGCGGAGACGAGAAGGAGAGAGACGACUGGGAACCAAUGGACGAGAGUGAGGUUCGACAGCAGGUUCACACACUGUCCAGGGUGCCUGGGUGGUGGCUUCGUCGGGCCGAACCAGGCCGCAAGGGAAAAGCCUCGGUAGAAGCGACGGGAGAAGCAGAAGAAACUCGAGAAGGAAGGGCGGGUAACACCCUCAAGAGAAGGGAGCUCCGGCGAGGGGAAAGUGAUGAAGGGCAAAACAUGCGAGCACAGCCUCCCACGCUAGUCUCGUCUUGCAAUCAUCUGAGGGCGGCGGAGGAAGAGGGAGAAAGGGGAGACAAAGCGGCGCAGAGCGGCUUGCCGAGAAGAGAUAGGAGCUUCGAGAAGAGCGAGGACAACGCAGAAGACAAUCCAGAAGCAAGCACCAGAGUGUUUGAGGAAGACGUCCUCGUGCACGCAGUUUCAGUUGAACUGCCGGCACGCAAGCCGUUCGGUGGAAGCGCCUCAGGCGACGACCCGACAGAAAGCGAAGGACGCGAACAAGGAGAGGAAGCACAAGAAAGAGCAGAAAAAGGGAACCGGGGAGGAAGACGAGAUGAAGAAGGAAGUAGUGGAAGAGGUGGAAGAGGUGGAAGAGGUGGAAGAGAAGGAAGCGACGGAGGGGAAGCAGAAAGAGGGAGCGAAGAAGGAAAGAUGGUUGCGACAGCACACCUCAAAAGCAGGCUCGACAUUCUUUUCCUGUCGCGAGGAGAGGACACAGAACUGAGCGCGGAGGUACCACAUGGGGUUGCCGUCGUCGCUGUGGAGAUCCAGGGAAGCGCCGACGUCGAGUGCAAGGCAGCUAAUCGAGCUAAAGAAAAUCGCCAGAGAGACGCAGAAAGAAAUAAAGAAGAACUGACAGACGAAAAGAUCAACCGGCAAGGGAGAGGAGAGACAGCGGGGGCCCUGGAGUCAAGCGAAGAAGCAAGCGGCAUGGGAAAUGAAGGAGAGGCGAAAUCAGAAGGCGACCAGAAUGUUGAAGGCCGAGAGAACGGUCAGGAGGCCGCCGAGGUGACACGGGCCGAGGGGCGCGAGUGCCGAGACGAGGUCGCUCACCACGGAAAACAGGACGGAAAAUACAGCGAAACCAGAAACGCCCAGAGAGGCUGGUGGAGCCUGACGCGGUGGCGGGAGAAGCGAAGAAGCUGGGUAGAAGGGCGUGAAUCGGGUACGCGAUCGGGCGAGAGCCCUCAGAAGAAAGACAUAAAAAAAUCAGCAGAAAAAGAGGCCAAGGACCGUGGCAACGGCGAGCAGAACUCGAGAGGCACGCACGACCAAGAGCAAGACGAAGUCUCAACCGUGUGCAGCAGCUUGGAGAGCGAGGACGACAACCAGACUGCAGGCGCUUGGAGGAACCGCGCCCUGGGGCGCCUUCUAACCAAUCCUGUCUACGUCUGCCUCACACUGGCGCUAUCGUCCUUGUUCUUUGAGGUGACGGCGAUUCAGUUCUGGGCGACGAGAUACUUUGACGAAGAACUGCAUGCCGACACAGCUACCGUCUUGAUCAGUUUCUCGGCGACGGCGGCAACGGCGCCUGCAGUUGGGAUCCUUGUCGGAGCCUUAUUGAUGGACUGGCUGGGAGGCUAUCGAGAGACGCCCGAGCAGCGAUGCCGAGCGCUGCUCUGCCUUCUCGUUCUCUCCUUCACCUGCGUGGUUCUGGGCCUCUGCGCCGCGUACUGCGCUCUCACGUUCUGGCCGUCUCUCGCAUUGAUUUGGUUCAUCCUGUUUUUCGGUGGAGGCAUCUUGCCGACUGCGAGCGGGCUCCUCCUCGCGUCAGUCGACGAGGAUCUGCGAACGAAAGCCUCCGGAGCAGCCACGCUCUUCUACACGCUCUUGGGCUACACGGCAGGGACGUUUCUUCCUGGAGUUGUCAGCGACUCGAUCGGAACCAAGGGAGGCAUGCAGAUGAUUCUUCUCUGGUCACUCUCUGGAUUUGCAUUCCUUCUCCUCGCCACGGCGUUUGCCUCUCGCCGUAAAGCUGAAGACGCCGAGGCCGACGAAAACGUGGAAACAGAGGAAUCGGAAAACGAGAAGUCGCUCGAGGCGAGGUCGAAGACAGGCGCGCGCAGCAAGAGCACGAAACAAAGCGAGACGGAAGAUGUGUAA